AUGGCGGUCGACGGCGCGCGCGAGGACUGGACCCGGAUCCACGGCGUCGAUCAGCGCGCGGCGUUCGUGGAGUUUCGACACGACGCCCUGCGGCGCGCGGACGCGCGGGGGGCGGGAGACGGACCGUCGGCGUCGCGCGACGGCGUCCGCGCGCGGCAGCGCGGGUCGGCGUGCGCGGAUUUCGUCGGCGACACGUCGAGCGUCGUGUGGCCGAUCGCGCUCAGGGCGUGCGCGCGGUUUUGCGACGCCACGGGGCGAGCGCGCGGCGAGGGCGGCGCGGAGGGCGAGGGCGAGGGCGAGGGCGGCGCGGAGGGCGAGGGCGAGACGCGCGCGAGGACGUGCGCGCGGGCGCGGGAGAUGGUGAUCACGCGCGAGACGAGGGUGUUAGAGCUCGGGAGUGGGAUCGGAGUGCUGGGAAUGGUGCUCGCGAGGCUCGGGGCGGCGCGGGUGACGAUGUCGGACGCGAACGUCGGGUUGUGCGAGGCGAACGCGAACGAGGACGGGGCGAAAAAUUUAGAGACGAAAACCUUGCUUUGGGCGCGAAAGGACGGCGAGUGCUGGCGAGAGGUUUGCGAGUACGGGGACGCGCUCGAGGCGAGCGGUGGGCUGCCGCACUUGAUCGUGGGGACGGAUUUGUUGUAUUCGCAGACGCGGGAAACGUUUAGCGCGCUCGCGGACACCGUGGCGCGGUUGUCGGACGAGCACACAGCCAUCGUGAUCGGGUACGAGGAUCGAGGGGAUUGGGAAUCACUCGCGACGUUUUGGGACGUGUGCGAAGAGGCGGGAUUGUUCGGCGAAGCCGUGCCGUUUUCGGACGACGACGCCGACGACGAUUUGUUGUUGAUUCGUCUGCGAAAGGAAACGACGGAUCGCAUCUAG